UUUCUAUUAACUUUUAACAUCAGAUAAGAUAAGCAUAUAGCAAACACUUUAAUAAUUUUCUGAAAUAUAAAAUAGGCCUAAUAAUAAUGAACGUAGGUUAGGGGCCUAGGUUGUUUAAAAAUCAUGUUUUAACUUAAGAGAUGGUUAUAAGUUACUGAGUGAAAGUGAUAAACCACAGGAAUGACGUGAAUUCAACUUAUCCUUCUUGAGCUUGUCAUCCAUUAUCUGCUGCAAAAUGAAACUAAUCAACAUGGAAUUGUUGCCAAUGAAGGCACACUACUUCUUUUUUAAUGCAGGAACGUCACCUAUUGUUCCGUUCAUUCCCACACUGGCCAAGCAGCUAGGGUUCUCCUCCGUGGUCGUUGGUUCCCUCUUCACAGUGUUACCAAUUAUGGGAAUGAUCGUCAAACCCACCAUGGGUGCCAUUGCUGACAGGUUUAAGUGCCAGAAAUUCCUGUUCUUGGGUUUCCUUGCAUUGACAAUCGUCAGUUUCUUCCCACUGAUGUUUGUGCCGCCGCUCCCAUCACAAGUAGACGUUGAGCUACAUUGUGCCGAGGAGUCCAACCUUAAAAUUUGCGGGACUGACGGAUGCAUUGUAGACAGAUUGGUGGCCGAUGGAGCUAACAACGCUACCAUCAUGUGCAAGAUGAGUUGUGAGCUGAACGCUACGUUCCUGGACGCAGCUUGUCACAGUUGGAACUGGACGGGUGUGUGUGAUGACGUAGGCAAACCAACACUGACAGUGGUGGAUGACAGGAGAGCCAUGUUGACACCUCCCCCUCACACAGUGCUGUUCGAUGUGUCCCUCUCCCCCCUUCACACACUCUCUGUUCAGGGUUCGGGUUGCUUGUUCACACGGGUGUCGCGUGUGAAGGCAGGCACACAGUGGCAUGUGCCAUACUGCCAGCACCUGCAGGUGGCCCAGUGUAGAGCGCAGUGCCAGAGUGACACAUUGGCAGACCUCAUGACUAUGCCAGACACCCAGAUACUGCACCACUACCAGUUCUGGGUGUUCACCGCACUGCUAAUCCUCAGUUGGGUGGGGAUGGCCGUCGUGGUCAGUGUGGGCGACGCCAUCUGCUUCAACAUACUUGGUGAGAGAGCCAGCAGGUUUGGUCACCAGAGACUGUGGGGUUCAGUGGGGUUUGGUCUCUCAGUGAUCACUGCGGGCUGGCUGGUAGACAGGUGGAGUGUGGGUCUUGGACACAAGGAUUACACUCCUGUCUUCUACAUGAUGGCUGCAUUACUAACACUUGACUUAUUCACAUCUUCCAGGCUACAGUCAAGUGAGAAGCUACAAGCAGCUAGCAUCCUACACAACGUAGGCAAGAUGUUGUCUGAUAUACAGGUGGUGGUGUUCCUGCUGUGGCUCGUAGUGGUGGGGAUGUGCACUGCGCUCAUCUGGAACUUCCUCUUCUGGUAUCUUGAGGAACUAGCGGCCAACUUUGGCUGUGCAACCACUCAACAGUGGAUCAAAACAUUAGAGGGCCUGGUCAACGGGAUACAGUGCUUUGGAGGAGAGCUGCCUUUCUUCUUCUUAUCAGGUACCAUACUGAAGAAGCUGGGCCACAUAAAUACUAUGUCUUUGGUUCUCUUUGCGUUCAGUGUGAGGUUCCUGUUGUACUCCACCCUGACCAAUCCAUGGUGGUGUCUACCUGUAGAGCUGCUCAGCGGCCCCACCUACGGGCUGCUGUAUGCCACUAUGGCAUCGUACGCCAGCAUGGUGGCACCGCCCGGCACCGACACUACCGUCCAGGGACUGGUCGGCGCCGUCUUUGAAGGCAUCGGGGUGUCGUCAGGGAGUUUCCUGGCUGGAGUGUUGUUCUCCCAGAUGUCUGGAGCUAUGGUGUUCCGCAUCAUGGGGUUAGCCGUGCUGGUUAUGGGUGUGUUACACGUCUGUAUGCAGUUCUUCCUCAGACGCAGACAACUGCUGAUCAUUACGCAGACCAAAGAUUUCAACCGAGGACCAGGGGCAGUAUACGCAAGUCCCAGCGAGGCUAUUCACAUGUUGGACGAACCCUCGUAUGAACUACUGACAUAGCGGUAACCUUCAUCCAGCAAAGCUCAACACCUCGCUGGCAACCAAGUGUACUUAGGUCGACUGUAUUUAACCUGUAACUAUAAUAAUUUUUACAUUCCAUUUUAGCACCGAUACAAUGUGCUGUUUUAAAUGGAGACAAAGUUUAUGUUUAUACACAUUUUAUGUAUUAGUAAGUAUGACUGCAAACGGACACUCUUGUAUGCACUUUGACGAAUUUAAUUUAACGAUUUUAGUUGGUGGAUAUACUAUAAGAUAUAAUAUACACGUUUCAUGAUUUUAAGAUUUUGGUCAACUGAAUCUUGAUACUUGUGACAAACCUUUUUGGUAGGCCUAAUAAAACAAUUGAUCCUUGACUGAUCCAUAAAUAUCAGUAGUCAAGAUGGGUUAAUUGUUAAUAAUGAUGAGUGUUUUGUUAAUAAUGGGAACCAUUUUAUAUCUAAAAAUCAGGAGAUCCAAGAAAUUUUACUUGUAAUUCAAAUAUGAGAAAAUUUGAAGGAUUUAUCCAUCCCGAAUUCAUAAAAACUUAUUAUUUUUCCUUUCUUGUUUGCUUUUCAACAUGAAUACUUAAAAUUCAGCAGUUUGUUUCAUCAAAAAUUGUAUUUAAACUCAUAUUCCCAAAAGACACAGUCAGUGUACUAGAUUGACAAUAUAUGUCAUAGUUUAUAAAACCAGUUGUGAGGACAGGUGAUAUAAUAUCAUGCUCAACACGUGUUUUUAGAAUAUACAAUAAUGUAUUUUAUUUUUGUAAGUAUACCAAAUGUUUUUCUUGUUUUUUUCUCAGAUUCUCUCUUAUAAACUCUACUGUAUUAUUGCUUAAUACUGUAUCAUUUAUGUAUGUAAAACAACUACUUUACUUAAUUGUGAUAUUUUAGUAGUAUGUUUCAUAACAAGAGCAAAAAGUGGGCUCAACAAGUUUUGUGGUACUUAUGGUCUCAAAUGUAAAAACUUUUACCUUAGUUUUGAAGGAUUUUUUUUCUACACUACUGAAUAAAUAAACAGUAUCAGCAAUCUGACAUAUAAUUUCUCCCAUAAGUUUGCCAACAACGUUUAUCAUGCAUGGGUAAGCGGUGGCAGUAACUAUGAUAUUUCAUGGGUAAAAUCACAAAAGUUGCAUUAAUUUUUGAACUGCAUAUUUUUCAGCAAUGGGGUUACCAUUUUGUGUAAAAUUAUUAGAAACAAAACAUACUUAAUUUUUAUUAUAAUCAGUCAAUCUCUUUUUUAACCAGAAUUUUUGCUAUUUUAUGGGCUUUUUUAAUGGUAAAACCACUUAAAUUACAAUAACUUUUAAACUCUAUUUUUUACAGAAAUGGGCCAUACCGUUUUUAUAAAACUUGACUUUUCUGUUAUUUUAUGGAAAAAUUGCCAUUACAAAUCAAAAUUUCAAAAAAAUAAAUCCCUGGAGAUGUUAUGGAUUUUUACUCACAUACCAAAAUUCAUCAGAAUCGGACCACAGGUGUGGCUUUGUACAUACCAAGACUCAAACUCUAAAGUUGUUAUGAGUACAAUACUUUCCCCAUAUACUAUGUGUAAGGGGAGAAAGUAAAAAUCAUCAGAAUAUUUUUUUUUAUUAGUGCAAAUCUAUAUUUAACACAAUAAGGAUGCAACAGAUUAUGAAAAUUGGUUUGAAAUAGACUGCUUUUAUUGGUAUUGAUAACUUUAACCUGACUGAGGUGGAAAGCUAGGUAUUGCAUUGUUCUUUUGCCCCAGAAACCAGUUUGGAACCUUUUUAGUAUUUGCAGUUUUUGCAUGGGUCCCCUCAUUUAAAUUAAUUGUGCAGUUAUUUCUAAGUAAAUUUCUUGAUUGGGAUUUUUUAAUUCAUCACAGAAAAAAUAUUGUCCUUUGUUUGAUGAGCAUUCUUAUAAAAAUAUCAUUACUACCAAAAAUGCAUUGACUUCUUAAUUUUUCCAACGUAAACAAAUGGUACAUCCCACUUUAAACAAUAGACAACUGUAUGUAAAUGUGACGUUUUAUAGGACAAAAACAAAAAUAGUUAAACUGAAAGCCGUGUAGAGGAAAACAAUUCGACAUACACUUUAAAACAUUUCAAAAAAAUAAUGUGACAUCUAUGGCAGCUAGUACAGUCAAAUUAUCAUACUACAAGGCCUAAAUUCAACCUUUUCAUUUGCCCGCCAUGUCUCUAUAAAUAUGACACAUUUUGUGCAAUAUCUAUUUUUUUUACUUGAAAAACAUUUGUUUGCAAGUGUUUGACACAAAUGCACUACUAAAAAACCUUAGGUAAUAAUUUUGGUUAGGCAGAAGAAACUGCACUUUUCAAUGCAUUUGUUUUGGGGCAACAGUAAAUUUUCCAUCCUAAGAGCAUAGAAAAACCAACUAUUGUCGAGCACAUCAGCCGGUACUUUUUUCUCUUUGUAAACCAAUAUUGUCAAAGAAAAUCAUUCCAAUAAAAAAUUAUUAUAUCGUUAUCUUUAAAUUAAUUUAUGUUUAUCAUCAGUUUACAUUGUAUAUUUUACUACAAUAAAUACCCCUUUAUCUAUAUGUAGACUAAUAGUUCCUAUAACAUAUUUGAGUAAUUUGCUAUCGAUAAGUGAUGAGGAUACAUGUUGUAUUUAAAUCGUAAUAUUUUAUUGGAGAAUAGAUAUUUCACACCUAAAUCAUUAUUAUAAAAAUGGGUAACAUUUCAUUAUCACCCUCGUAUUUGAUUUUUUUACGCUUCUUUUUUUAAUUUUCUUCUGAUCCGUUAAAAAACAAAGAUUAUAAUAGAAAUGUUUUUAAAGAGAGUUUUGGUUACCCUGAAAAUUUUUCAAAGCAAUGUUAUAUUAAAUUAGUUUGCAGGAGAGGGCGUUUUCCUGAACCCCUGGAAUAGGAUGGCCUGCGCUCCUGAAAAAAAUUUCCUGUAUGUGUCACUGGGUUAACGUUAGCAGCGUUAUUUCUUUGAAAAUGUCCUCCCUUAUCAAAACAUGAUAUAUCACUACAUGCCUAGAUAUUGAUCAUCAACCUUGCAGUGCCUUUAUUGGAAACCAGUUAUCCAGUUAUGGAUGAAUUUGGAGAUUUUAAUGUUAGUAGCAAACCUUUGUAGAAUCAAAGAGAAAUUAGUCACUUAAGUUGGCUGAACUUAUUUGAAGCACAAUUAUCUUUUAUCCUAAAAAAAAAUUGUACGUACUGUAUAAGAAAAGUCAUUUAAGGAGUUUUAAUGCUUGGUAUCUGAAAUGCAUGAUUUUGCCUUUCUUGAACAGGAUAGGUAAGAAGUGCAUUUACUUUUAAAUUAUAAUAAUGUAUUUACAUUAGCAUUUAGUAUUAUUUACUUUAUAACCUCUUAUAUUGGGUUGGUACAGUUCAUGGUCUCCACUUUCAUUUUGUAUUUUGUAUUAGUCAUUUUGGUUAAGUAGAAAAUGUAUAGCUUUGAUUUCAUUUUAUUGUAUACCUUACCUACUACAAUUAUCUUGCCUCCUUCCCGUUUUUAGUAGGGUUUAAAAGGAUCUUUCACUGCAAUUUGGUUUGUAUAUUUUUUAGUUCCUUGAUUGUUAGUUGAUUUAAGGGACAAAUGACGUUUGAGUUGUUCAGGUGCAAGUUAUAGUUACUUAAAUUAUUAUUAAAUCUAUAAGUACAUCAGGGACCAUUGUUUUAUAAAAUACCAACGACAAUUAAUGUGUUGCUGGACUAAAUAAAUUAUUUGUGAAGCCUAAAACCACGGUAAAUCAGGGAAUGUUCACAAUCAAUCUAACAGGAAGCCGUAAAUAUUUUGACUGUCCUGUAAUUACAGUAAACAACCGCUAAUCUGGUAUGCGAUGGUCUGGCACUUUCAAUAACCCGGCUUUGGUCUAAAGGCGUAACAAUUUGUUUGAUGCUGUUUUAAGCCAUAUUGGAGUGAUUUCCAGAUGUGGGGAGCUAACGGCAGAGUAGGGAGUGAACAGCACAUAUGUGGGAGCAAUUGGCAAAAGUUCUAAAAUUAGCGUUAUUUUUGGUAUCGAAAAAUCUGCUGUUUUUAGAAGACAUUCAGUAAACAGGAAUUUUCAAUAAUCCUGAAACACCGCCAAAGUCCUGAAUAUACCAGAUUAGUUAUUUUAUUAUCUACUGUACCUCAACAGCAUGUUUUUUUAUUCUCGUUUUAAACAUAAGGUCUAGUUUAUAAAACUUUACCGUUUUUAGGGUAUUAUAAAAUUUUUAAAUGUUCAUUCUAUUCUAAAUAUCAUCCAUAGCUGCCUUUCUUUAUAGAAUUUGUAACUUCUGGCAACUAUUUCACUUGUAAAUAUUUCUCGACUUAUCAGUAUGUUACAGUAUUACUGAUCUCGUUUCCUACUGCAAUACCAAAUAUCUUUGGUGCUUAGUUAUUUGCAUCGAUUGUUUAAUAUAGUUGAUUAUUUGUUUUGUUAUCCAUAUUAUAUUAUUUAGAUUCAAUAAAUGAUAUUGUUAAAUAA